AUGGUGGAUCUUGCACCAACAAACCAGACAACACUGGCUACACGUGCACUUGCCCGAGCGAUCCAACCAUGUGACUCCAGUCCAUGCAACAAUGGCGGAGCUUGCGUCAACAAACCAGACCACACUGGCUACACGUGCGCGUGUGCUAGUGGGUUCACUGGAAUUGAAUGCGAAACUCGAGUCCAACCGUGCGACUCCAGUCCUUGCAAGAAUGGUGGAUCUUGCACCAACAAACCAGACAACACUGGCUACACGUGCACUUGCCCGAGCGAGUAUACGGGGACAGAUUGUGAAACACAAGUCCAACCAUGUGACUCCAGUCCAUGCAACAAUGGCGGAGCUUGCGUCAACAAACCAGACCACACUGGCUACACGUGCGCGUGUGCUAGUGGGUUCACUGGAAUUGAAUGCGAAACUCGAGUCCAACCGUGCGACUCCAGUCCUUGCAAGAAUGGUGGAUCUUGCACCAACAAACCAGACAACACUGGCUACACGUGCACUUGCCCGAGCGAGUAUACGGGGACAGAUUGUGAAACACAAGUCCAACCAUGUGACUCCAGUCCAUGCAACAAUGGCGGAGCUUGCGUCAACAAACCAGACCACACUGGCUACACGUGCGCGUGUGCUAGUGGGUUCACUGGAAUUGAAUGCGAAACUCGAGUCCAACCGUGCGACUCCAGUCCUUGCAAGAAUGGUGGAUCUUGCACCAACAAACCAGACAACACUGGCUACACGUGCACUUGCCCGAGCGAGUAUACGGGGACAGAUUGUGAAACACAAGUCCAACCAUGCGACUCCAGUCCUUGCAAAAAUGGCGGAGCUUGCGCUAACAAAGCGGACAACUCCGGCUACACGUGCGCUUGUGCUAGUGCGUAUACGGGAAUUGAAUGCGAAAGUCAAGUUCAACCAUGUGACUCCAGCCCCUGCAAGAAUGGCGCAACUUGCACCAACUCCGCUGAUAACCCUGGCUACAUGUGUACCUGCAGCAGUGUAUUCACUGGCAGUACAUGUGAAAUUGACAUCACAACCUGCGGUAAUACCGCUAUUGGCCUCGAAAGCAGUGCGAUCAUUCCUGACAACAGAUUUAGUGCAUCAUCACAUUUCUCCGAAUGUAACCCUCGGUUCGGUCGGCUGAACCACGCCAAGUACUGGGCACCGAAGUCCCAAGGGGUCCGGGGUCAAUACCUACAAAUCGACAUGAUAUCCGUGUACAUUGUUUGUGCAGUAGCUACACAAGGGGGUACGGAUCCUCGAUAUAAUGAGUGGACAACCAAAUACAAGCUUUCAUUCGCACUUGAGGCCAGAAUAUGGAGCAUCUACCAAGAAAAUGGCGCCGAAAAGGUAUUUAUAGGGAACGUGAACGAGCCAGACGUGAAAAGCAACUCUCUCGCCAAUCCGACUAAAGCACGGUUUAUCCAGUUCAUUCCCACUGCUUACAAUAACUGGCCGGCUUUUAGAGUGGAGGUGUACGGGUCUAGAGCCUAG